AUGGUUGUUGUUUUGUAUUUUACACUUUCUGUCUUUUUGGACUUUGUUCAUGGUAAGUGUCUAUUUUUCCGCAGAUCUGAGAUUGAUCAUUUGACAACGCUUAUCCGUUCAAGAACCGUGGAUCCACCUGUUGGGGAAGACGGGAAGAGGACAGAAGUGGUUCCAUCAGAUCCAAUGUUGCCUCGUGUUCAAAUUGAAGAAUAUCCCAAAACUCCAGCACUAGAAAAUGGGAUUGAAAACCAUCUUGUUUCAACUCCAUAUGUUACUUCCAGCGUUUCUAUUGAUGAUGUUGCUUCACCUGUCGAGCUUGCUAAGGCUUACAUGGGGAGCAGGCCUUCCAAGGUAUCCCAAUCAAUGCUGGGCUUGCGAAAUCCUCCAAGAGAGGAUCCAACUCUACUAAGAAAUCAGCACUUUGCUCAGAAAUCCCCAGUUAUGUCAAUUGUGCCAAGGGCAACUACCCUUGCUCGGGUUCGUGAAAAUGGCUUUGUGACCCCAAGAUCUCAUGGAAGAUCAGCAAUAUAUAGAAUGGCUCGAACACCUUAUGCCAGAGUUUAUCCAAUAUCUACGCUCAAGGCAUUAAAACGUAGAAGUUCUGUAUUAGAUAAUGAUAUACGAUCUUUUGGUCCUAUACGCCGAAUGCGUCACAAGUGUAAUCUUCUAUCUUCUAAAGGCUUAACCUUACCUCAUUCAGGCGCCCCCUUAUCUAUAGCUAGGAACAGAGUUGGCAUUGAUGCUGCUCAGCAACCUUCAUCUUCCAUGCAGAAGCCUAUUCUGCUGGGUGAAGUUAAGCAUAGGCAUACGAAAUUGUCAGCAGAAAAUGUUGAUGACACCAUGCCUAGUACUAGCUUUCCUCCUUUAUCUUCAAAAUCUAGCGAGAUGGCCUCAAAAAUACUCCAGCAACUUGAUACUUGGGAAGAAACAACAGGCUCCACUGCUGUGGCCGAGAAAACUACCUCUGCUACUGAAACUGAUGUACAGGAGAUUCCCCCAGCUUCAUCUGUAGUAUUGCCAUCCAAAAGUUUUACAACAGAUGGUUCACCUCCUGUUAGGUCUGCUGAUGGAUCUACAUUUGGUCAGAAGGUUGAUAUACCAACGUCCAUAAAUUCGUCUAUCCCUGAUCCUACUUUUAAGCCAACAAUGGGUGCAGUGUCAGUAGCUGCACACACAAUUUUGGGUUCCGAGAAGUUUAAUUCACAAAAUGGAUCAGUUGUUAAUCCUCCCCUGUUGAACUUUGGGAAUAAAGUUGUUCAGUCAACAGAGGUGACUGCUGCUGAUGCUCCAUCAAAGGAGUCUACUAAAUCAGGUCCAAUAUUUGGUUUGGAUAAAGUUGCAUCGUCAAAGGAGCCAGGUGCUGAUGCUCCGUUAUUUAACUUUUGGCAUCAACAAAAAUGUUGAUUAUGUUCCCCAAGUCCCAUUUGCUUUCUCAUCAUCAGUUGGUGGUGAAUCUGGUGGUCUCAAAUUUGGUGCUUCUUCUGACUCAAAGAUGACGAGCUCAAUCAAGUUAGUCUCCACUACUGUUCCUGUUGCUGUUGAUUCAAUGCCAAAAGUUCUUGAAUCAGAUAAUGCUGAUGCUAAGACUAAUAUAGUUGCUGGAUCUUCUCCUCCGUCAUCAGAGCCAGCUGUUUCAUCUGCAGCAUCGACAUCAUUGUUGACAUCACCUGCUAAUAUAUUUACUUUUAGCAACAGAUUAAAUCAAGAUAAUGGACGUGUUGCUUCAAGCGCUACAUUUGCCUCUACAUUUCCAUCUGUUGGUACAAAUAGUUUUAGUCGGAAUAUAUCCAGUAGCUCUCCCCUUAGUGUCCUGUAUUGAGUAAGAUAAGAUAUAAAAAUAGUUUAACAAGUAUUCUGCAAGAGUUUACCGUUAUGGU